AUGGAUCUCGACACGGCGGUGGCUCUGCUGGGUUCAACCAAUAAGAAACUCAAACAGAACGACGUAAGUCUGCGAUCACCUUCCAAUUCUUUAUUUCUCGGAUCAUCACUAUGCUCGCUCUGGAGACCAGGCGGUGCCGGCCAAAAAUUGGGCACGAAAAUCCAGGAGGAAUGGAAGAUUCUUGAAAACGACUUACCUGAGACUAUCUUUGUCAGAGUUUAUGAAUCAAGAAUGGAGCUUUUGAGAGCUGUCAUUAUAGGACCGGCUGGUACUCCCUACCACGAUGGCCUCUAUGUCUUCGAAUGCAUUUUCCCAUCAAACUAUCCACAUGCUCCACCUAUGGUAUAUUACUACUCUGGUGGACUCCGCCUGAACCCAAACUUGUAUGAAUGUGGGAAAGUCUGCCUGAGUCUAUUGGGGACUUGGUCUGGGGACCGAAAUGAGGAAUGGAUACCAGGAAGAUCUACCAUGCUUCAAGUUUUGGUGUCCAUAGAAGCUCUGAUUCUGAAUGCAAGACCCUUCUUUAAUGAGCCGAGAUAUGAGUCAAGCUACUGCCGUGCCGCUCACAGCUACACUGGAGAAAGAGGAGUGAAACAGUCCAGGGAGUACAAUGAAAAUGUGUUUAUUUUGUCGCUCAAGACAGUGAUGUACAUCCUAAGAAGGCCACCCAGGUACUUUGAAGAGCUUGUGAAGGGGCAUUUCCAGCAGCGUGCGCAUAACAUUCUGAUAGCAUGCAGAGCUUAUGCAGAAGGCAAUGCACCAGGUACGAUUACUAUCAAAGACGGGGUGGCAGAUCUUAGUCAUGCAGAUAAGGUCGCCUCGGCCAAUUUCAAGGCACAAGUAAAGAAGUUCAUCAACGUUCUCAUUACCAACUUUUCGAGAUUUGGGAACAUCGACUGUGAGCAGUUUCGAGUGAGUGAUUGA